UCCCUUCCAUUCUUUUCUCUAUUUGUACUGAAAACAAAUUCAUAUAUAUGUUGGUAAGAUAACAAUCUGCUCUCAUUCUCAUGCAUAUAUUUGGAAUAUUUCACUAAAAUUGUGACUGCUAAUGAGAAAAGAUGCGUAAAUACAUCUUACUUUUUCUCACUGCAACAUUUGUAAUCGAUGGAGUAUGUGGUGGCGGUGCGGAUGGGAUUAUCCAGAUUAGUCGCGAAGAAUUCGACAAUCUCAAAGCAACCGUCCGUCGCCUGGAGAACGUUGCAGAAAAUCAAGUCUUAUUGAAUCAACGGCUUGAAUCGGACCUAGAUAAACAACGUGAGGUUAUUAAGGAUCUUCAAGACGUUAUAUCACAACAAGCGGAGAAGAUUCAGCGACUUGAAGAGUUGCCGCGGCAAACUAAAGAAGUCAAGAGCAAAACACCUACUAUAGAGAAAAGGGUUGUGAAGUCUUCCUCAAAGAUAAAAAGAUAUGCAGAUAACACGGUGGCGUUUUUCGCAACACUCGCCCAAGCCUCUUUGGAUCAUCUUGGUACCCACCAAAACAUCGUAUUUGAGGACGUUGUCACCAAUUUCGGCAAUGCUUACAACAAUCACCAAGGUGUGUUCGUCGCCCCUGUCAGUGGCCUCUAUCUUAUAACAACCAGUGUAUUGUCGAGACAAGACAGAGAGUUCUGGGCGGAUGUCGUAGUCAACGGCACCGUAGUUGUCAGACUAAAUGGGCGAGGUACAGAUGGCAGGCACGGCACAGGUGCACAAACGAUGGUUGUAACUCUCAAAAAGGGAGAAGACGUAUCCAUACAAAAUACGCACAAUGAUGAUGCUUACUGGGGCCAAAAAUACACAAGUUUCGGUGGAUUUCUGAUACAAGAAUUUGAAAUGGAUUCAUCUUCUAUUAUCGGUUGAAUGCAUUUUAAUGUAUUAAACACUUAUUUAGA